CAGAAACAGAGGACGUCCACCUUAAUACAAUAUGCUUUGCCACGUAACGACCACAGAAAGAUAAACGUUUGGUUACACGUCGCGUUCAAGCAAACAUCUAAACUUUGUUCCUGUACUGGACAUUUUUGUCGAUAAAGUUUUACUUUGAACCGUCUAUACCACUGCUAUGAUGAUGGCGGCUGAUCAAACUGUGCACGGAGUUCCUGCUUCACUGUCUGCAAAAGUAGUUGGGUCAUAUGCCUAUUUGACUGUGAGAGACAGAUUGCCAACCAUCCUGACUAAAGUUAUUGACACAAUACAUCGCAACAAAAACAAGUUUUUUGAAGAAUAUGGAGAGGUGGGUAUCCAGGCAGAGAAGCAAACAAUAUCUCUGCUGUCUAAAAUGAGGAACGAGCUACAAACUGAUAAGCCCGUAUUAGCACUAACAGACAGCCUGCAAGACACAGAGUGCUGGAACCAGUAUCUGCAGAGACAACAGAAACAGCAAGGAGACCAGGAGUCCGUCAGCUGGUUCAAGUCCCCAUGGCUUUAUGUGGAGUGUUACAUGUACCGCAGGGUACAUGAGGCCCUCUGGCUCAAUCCUCCCAUCAGUGACUAUGAUGUCUUUAAUGAAGGAAAGACUCAGAGCUUUUUUGAGUCUCAGCAGGCUGUGAUGACCCUAUGUACCUACUUGGAGGGCGUCAACAAGAACAUGGAGGAACUCUCCAAGAAUCAACUGUUGGAGCAUUUCAACAAACUGCUACAGGUUUCUUUAUGGGGGAACAAGUGUGAUCUGUCUAUCUCUGCUGGCCGAGACAACUCACAGAAGACCAGUCCAAUAGAUUCCCUCAACAGCCUACAACCCUUCAUCUUGGUGAAUGACUCCAACAUGGUAUGGUCAACUCUUAUUUCUUCCCAGAGGCAAGGACAGUCAGAGAAAACCACUGCGGUCAGAGUGGACAUUGUUCUCGACAAUGCUGGCUUUGAGUUAGUCACUGACUUGGUCUUGGCAGAUUUCCUGAUUUCCUCCGGCCUUGCACAUGAGGUCUAUUUUCACGGCAAAUCCAUUCCAUGGUUUGUCUCGGAUGUCACAGCUAACGAUUUUCAGUGGACCAUCCGGCAGACCAUGGCGGCCAAUCACAAGUGGAUGUCGAAGAAUGGUGUUCAGUGGAAGAGCCACCUGAAGGCGGGCGUGUGGUCCUAUCAUGAUCAUCCUUUCUGGACACAGCCCAAUGAAUUCUGUGACAUGGCAGAUGAUGCUCCUGACCUAUAUGCAACCCUGCAGGGGGCAGACCUCGUGCUGUUUAAAGGUGAUCUCAAUUACAGAAAGCUGACGGGGGACAGGGACUGGGAUCACACAGUGGGCUUUGGUACUGCGCUACGAGGUUUUGGUCCUGCACCACUGUGUAGCCUGAGGACUCUCAAGGCCAACGUUCAGGUUGGUCUGCAGCCGGGCCAGGGGGAGAAGCUCACCUCCCAAGAUCCAGACUGGAUGACCAGCGGCAAAUACGGUGUCAUUCAGUUCUACAGCUCAAAUUCGGAACAGAAAGACUGACCACAGGAUCUCACUAGGAAGACAUGGAUUCAUAAGAACAUUACAGUAAGAAGUACCCUAAGGAGUUACCUUUAAGCCAUACGAAAAUUGAGUUACUUGAGGUUGUAAAAUGGUUUCUUUGUUUCUCAUCGACCGUUAGCACUCCAUCAUGUUUGAUAUGGAAAUGCACAGUAACAGAAAUAUUUGAGUUAUUAUUUUCAUAACAUAUUUGUAUCAUGUCAUACUUACAAUGUUAGCAGUUUUAGAUCUAAAUGUUUUCCCAUGAUUUGAACAUAACAAUUGUUUACGGUGGCACAUUUAUCCUCAGAGGUAACAAAAUCCAGUUUGCUGUUAAUCGCAAAUAGCUUAUGUGUUGUGCACAAUGUAUUAAGUCAUAAUGUUUACAGUUUAAUGUAGAUGCUAUUAACAAUUAUUGAGUAAUAAUCUGGCUUCAUAAAUCUCCUUUCUAGAGCAGCAAUACUUUCUUUUUGCAUGCAGUUGAGGAGAGUGAUGAUAAACGUAAUGUAUAGUUAUUUUUACUUUUAAUUCAGCUCCGGGUGUUUUACUGUUGCACGCAGUGUCGUUGAUAUGCAUGCAUCAAAAUGUGCAGCCAUAAUCACCUAAAGCGGAUUAUAAUAUAAUUUCAUAACUAUUUUGCUCAGUUUGAAAGAUGGUAGAAUGUUAUUGGGGCAGUGUAACAAUAACAGUGAGGACGUGUACUUGUUUUGUUUAAAAUGGCAACCCAGACCUUUGUAUCUUCCUAGAUAAAAAUGGAUGUCUCUGUGCACACUGUUAUGUCAUCUGAAUUCUCGUUGUCGGUGUAAGCACCUCAGAGGUGAUGUUAACUGGAUUCUUCUCACUGCUGCUUGGGGAAAUGAUAUAAUUUUUAAUAAUGGGUAGGAUUUAAUAAAGAACUGCAUUGACUGAC